AAAAUGGGUGAUGUUGAAAAAGGCAAGAAGAUCUUUGUUCAGAAGUGUGCCCAGUGCCACACUGUGGGAAAAGGAAGCAAGCAUAAGACUGGACCAAAUCUCCAUGGUCUGCUUGGGAGGAAGACAGGUCAGACUGCUGGAUGCUUGUACACAGAUGCCAGCAAGAACAAAGGCAUCACCUGGGGAAAGAACACCCUGAUGGAAUAUUUGGAGAAUCCCAAAAAGUAUAUUCCUGGAACAAAAAUGAUCUUCACUGGAAUUAAGAAGAAGGGAGAAAGGGCAGACCUAAUAGCUUAUCUUAAAAAGGCUACUUAUGAGUAAUUCCACUGCCUUAUUUAUUACAAAACAAAUGUCUCAUAGCUUUUAAUGUGUACCAUAAUUUAAUUCAUACACCAAAAUUUAGAUCAUGAAUGGCUAACUGUUUUUUAUUGAACAGUCCUGAUUUAAGUAAAACUGACUUGUAAAGUGAAUAUAUAUAUAUAUUUUUAAAUAACAAUUUCAGUCACAUAAAUACUAUCACUGCUCUCCCUUUCUCAAGACAGGAAUGGACUUAAUUCUACUUUCCACAGAGAUAGGGUUGUCACCUCAAACCUACUGAAUGGUUGUAUACUUAAAUGUGUAACUGGGAAUAUGAAUAUGUUUAAACACUGGGAAAAUCUACCGUCAUCUCAGGAAA